CCAGACCGAAGUAGCGGAUCGUGGGACCACAGCAGCGGACCAUAUCUUUCCACCGGCCACUUGACCAUUCACAAUCACUGCCGAGUAGUAUUGCUACGCGCUGAGGGUCCGUCCAUCGCUGCUGCAGUUGCCGAUAUUUCAGAGGUGUACACUCAUUCUGCGUAAAUUGCGCAGAAAUUAGAUCCGGGACCACCCCCCAACGAAAUGGUGCACGAAUAUGGCGCAGUAAAGCUCGUGGCCACUGAACACGACUUCGCUGGCGACAGAGAGGUUUGUUCGACUGAGGACAGUGCCCUCCUUGGGAGCGGAAAUGCUACAGUGCUUAAGGAUGGUCAUGCGACCAUAUUCAGUAGUGUGUGCAACCUGGCCAAUACUAUCCUCGGCAGCGGCAUGCUCACAUUUCCACUGGCCAUGGCUUCCGCCGGGGUCAUACCCGGGAUAAUCACCUGUGUCUUUUCUGGUACUGUGGGAGGCUUCGGUCUCUAUCUCCUCACGCAAUGCGCACGACGCACUCCCCACCGUCGAAGCUCUUUUUUUGCGGUGGCUCAAUUGACAUUCCCCCAAGCGGCUGUCUUUUUCGAUGCUGCCAUUGCCAUCAAGUGCUUUGGUGUUUCCAUCGGUUAUCUGAUCAUUAUCAAGUCGUUGAUGCCCAACGUUGUCGCUUCCUUAUACCAUGAUUUGACAUCUCCCAGUACCAAUCCCCCCGAAUGGGCGCUGUCCGGAUCAACCUGGCUCUUUCUUUUUAUGAUUGUGCUUGCUCCACUUGCUUCUCUUCGGCGACUAGACAGUCUUAGGCAUACAAGCUAUAUUGCUUUGUUCUCUGCCGCAUACCUUGUUGUUAUCGUGAUAAGGUGUUACUUCAAGCCAUUAGAAGGCACAGUCCCACGUGGCGACGUUCACCUCGUUCACUUUACGUCCAGCUUCAUAACAACGUGGCCCGUACAGGUGUUUGCAUUCACAUGUGGACAGAAUAUGUUCCCGAUAUUCAACGAGUUAAAGACAAACUCGGACCGACGGUUGAAUAUCGUUGUAGGGUCAUCCAUUGGUGGUGCCGUCCUGAUAUAUGAGGUCAUUGCCGUCUUUGGUUACUUGACAUUUGGUUCCAAUGUUGGGGCCAACAUCAUAGCGAUGUACCCGUCCACCUCAGUUUUUAUCGCUGUCGGACAGUUAGCUAUCGUCGUGCUGAUACUUUUCUCGUAUCCACUGCAAGUGCAACCGUGCCGGACCUGCUUGGAUAAGAUUUUCCAUAGCCAGCAGGUAUACAAGCCAGUAGGGGAGAACGAAGCAGUAGAGGAUGACGAAGUCGGGGGUGACAUGUCGGCCGUGAAACAUGCGGUGCUUACUGCUGCCAUUGUCGCAUGUGGGUUUGCCAUCGCGUAUUAUGUGGAUAACUUGCAAAUGGUGCUCUCGUUUGUGGGCUCGACUGGGUCUACGACCAUCUCGUUUAUCCUUCCUGGGCUCUUGUUCUGGAAGCUUACCAAGGACGAUCCGACAGUAAGCCGCGUGCUGAACAGGGGUGCGAUAGCCCUCGUCGCUUACGGAUGUUUUGUGGUCGUGUUUUGCCUGGGAUUCAACAUAUACCAUGUGAUGCACCCAUCGAGGGAUGGCACUGGAGUGUGAUAAGGGCCUUGUAUUUUGGGUAGCGUACACGGAGUGUGUAGGACUAUAAUUGCAAGGUUUUUGAUAGACGAGC